AUGGGGGCCACCGGUCCCGCCGUUCUGUGUACGACGAGUAACUCGUACACGCUGCAGGUGACGGUGUCCAUGUGCCUGCCGAGCAGCGAGUACCAGAAGUUGUGGACGCUGUCGCUCUCGUCCAUCUCGAGCGCCAAACUCCGCGCAGUGUCAUUCUCAUACGUAGAUUGCUGGGCUGCUGUUGGGGCACCGACACAAGUCACUGCUAUCUCUGGACCUCCUAGGAUCGAGGUGAUGCUGGGGAGAACGACUCCCACCGUGGGCGGGGCGGUAGCCGUCCGCGGAUUGCUGAGUGGAGACUGCCAAACAUGCCCGACCAGUUCGACCGUCGUAUCUGGAGUGUGCACGUGUUCAGGGACAAAAGGUUUCAUUGGCAACGUGUGCUCGACGUGUCCAACUGGUUCAAGUAUCAUCAAUGGGGUCUGCACGUGCUCAGGAGGACGAUCAAUUGUCAACGGCGUUUGCACUUGCCCGUCGUCUUCCACGUUCAUUGAUAAUGAAUGCGUGUGCUCUGGAGGCCGAACACUGGUCAACAACGUCUGCACCUGUCCGUCGACGUCGACGCUCGUGGGUACCGGCGACAGCGCGGUGUGUCGAUGCUCCGGAUCACAAGGGUUCAUCAAUGGUGUGUGCUCGACCUGUCCGUCUGGCUCCAGCGUUGUGAACGGUGUGUGCACGUGCUCCGGAGGCCGGUCGCUCGUCAAUGGCGUCUGCACAUGCCCGUCGACCUCCACGUUCGAUGGUAGCGCGUGCGUGUGCUCGGGAGGCCAAACGCUCGUCAACAACGUCUACACCUGUCCGUCGACGUCCUCGCUAGUGGGUACCGGGACCAGCGCCGUGUGCCGCUGCGCCGGAACGGAGGGGUUCAUCAACGGAGUGUGUUCUACGUGUCCGUCUGGCUCCAGCGUUGUGAACGGUGUGUGCACGUGCUCCGGAGGCCGGUCGCUCGUCAAUGGCGUCUGCACAUGCCCGUCGACCUCCACGUUCGAUGGUAGCGCGUGCGUGUGCUCGGGAGGCCAAACGCUCGCCAACAACGUCUGCACCUGUCCGUCGACAUCGGCGCUAGUGGGUUCGGGGUCCAGCGCGGUGUGCCACUGCUCCGAAUCGGAGGGGUUCAUCGAUGGCGAGUGCUCAACGUGUCCGCCCGGUUCAAGUGCUGUGGAUGCCGUGUGCACGUGCUCACCAGGGCUUGAAAUCGUCAACGGGCAGUGCACGUGCCCAUGCGGCCAGGAAUUUACGAGUGGUAAGUGUGUUUCGAAGUGUUUCUGGACGACCAGCAACGUGGGGUAUGAUUGUCCGUGGACUGAUCCAAAGAAAAGCGUGCUCGCGCUGAACGAAGACUGCAAGAUCACUGCUCCUGCGGUGCUGGAUAAUUAUGUCGCAGACGAGCGUACGAACAAGUAUGAUGGAGCUCUGGAGGACCCUGUAAUCUCGAUCAGCGCCACUAAGGAAGGCGGAUCAGUCGGUGUGACGGCGAAGGCGACUUGGAAGGAGUAUUUCCUGACUCCGACGACGCUCGAGAAUAAGGUCACGUUCGAGACGUUCGGCGUCUUCGAUCUCGAGAUGAAAGCGACCGAUUACGGCUGGCUCGCCAAGUGCUCAGGCUGUGUCGCGAUCGUCGAUAAGUACCCACCCACGGCCGAAAUCAAAUGCCAAGCGACAGUGACGACGACACUGGCCGCCCCCGCAUCGUACGCGGAUGGAAAACUCGCCGAAGCGAUCGCACAAGAAGAAAAAUUUACCGCUUUUUACAGCACCGACAACGUCAAGAACAAUGACGGCGCGUCUGGAGCCAACGAACGCUGCGACGACGUUACUGCAGAAAUGCAGGACUUCUUUGCAUCCUCCGCGUCGAAUCUGGCAUCGCUUGACACUCAGUGCUUUGACACUGACUUCGGGGAGAAGGUACUAGCCAAGGCACCAGGAACCAGCCUCUUAACGUCGGCCACACAGAGCGAAUUGGACGAAUUGCAGUGCACGCGCUGCUGUUCCAAGUCUCUCACGCUCCAGGAGUACUACUACGACUACAAGUGUGGCACCGAUCCCGCGGACGCUGAGAAGAAGAUCGCCACGUCGGACCAAUGCGCCUUCAAUUACUGCCUCAACAUACCAGGUGACGCUCUGGUUGAAGCGAGUGCUGCCGUCACGGAGAGCGUUGCAGAGGAGACGACCACGGUUUUAGGCGGACUGCCUACAUCCGUCGCGCCUGCUCUCAAUGUGAUCCAUCGCAGCAUCACGUGCACUGCGGUCAACAAAGGCUGCUCUUACACGCCAACGCUGGGCGAUCUGCUCACGCACAAGUCUUCGUGGGGUCCGGGUGGCCUGGAAGAAUACGAUGUCGAGGACUUCGUAUACUGGGGCUACGCGGUUGACACGGAGAACCGGCACCAAUGGAGUGAUUCGGCGGUGUUGACGUUCACUAACACUCAGACUGUUGUUCCGCACAACGUGUGCGCCUCGUUCAGACAAAUGUGGACUGAAAACUCCCCCACUCCGCGCACCGACGACGAGUCGCACAUGUGCGCGUACCCAGGAAGCGACUUUGUGAUGAUGACGUUCGCCUACGACAGCGACUCGGACUCGACUCACGACGCCGACACUGUCAAGGGCACGUACACUGACGUGAAAUGCUACGUGACGCUGGCAGAAGGAGGCCCAGGCAAUAACCUGGACAAGGUGCAGGAGGCCGAGCUGCCACUGACGUGGCCUUCAGCUGCCUCUGGCCGCAUCCAGAUCUCCAAGCAGCUAGCGCUCGAGUUGGUGAACGACCCCGAGACGGCCGAAACGACGGACGUCAAGGUGCGCUGUGACUUCACGUUCAAGUACUUCAACUCGGAGGACACGGAGGACGAGAAGUGCGCGUACCCCUUCACUAUCAAGGACUGUGACGUCCCCGAGCUGGAGCUUAUUGCCCCUGCUGAGUGCGCUCUUGGGUCCCCGACUGGCGUCCCAGGUCCCUAUGAAGCCGGCGCGACACAACUGCUGACGGAGCUGAAGGCAGUGACCGGCGAGUGCUGCGCGUCCAGCCCGGUGCUGACUUGCGCUGCACUAGCGGAGUCUACAUCGGAGAGUGGCGUCAAGCGGUGCGAGCCGGUGACUGUGCCUUUGCCUGCACAAAUGGCGGCGAUGGAGCUGCGUGUCGACGAUGAAGACCGUGACGACUCGAAGCUUGAGGCCUCAGCCUCCCCAUCUGCGAUGGAGGUGUUGGCAGCGAGUGCCCUGGUCGCUAUUGUGGCGCUGAUAGCGGUGAAGCAGCGGGUGGCGGGCACAGCGCGGCUAGCGAGAGAAACGGACGACGUGUACGUCACGCUGUUGGAUUGA